GAUAAACACGAAAACUCACACACACACACAGGUCGAGAGAAGACAGCAAGAAGAUAAACAAAGACUUUCAACUUCCAGCUGUCAACAGAGGAUUAAAGUCUUCCUACCUCGAGUAAAAAGGCUACAAAGGAGUUACAUGAAUAGAGUAAAGAGUAAUGUUACAACAGGACUGUUCAGGACUGUAUCCCAACUACAUCAGUAUGAUCAAAGACUAGUAUGGUAGAAAGAUAUCCAGCAUGGAUGUAAAGAGAGUACAAGUCUGUUUAGAGCGAACUAAAGAAUGGAAGUCCGAUCAAAGUGGACAGCAAAAUGAUGGCUCCGGACACCGCAGUGAGCUGAGAGUUUUCCUGACAGAUCUUCACCGUCAACUUGUGGAGUGGGGUAGUCUUAGCAAUGCACUGAAGAACAUCCCAAAUGUUGCACAACUUCUCGGAAGACUUUGCCAUAACCCAGCCGUGAUGGUACAAGAAGAUGUAUGCAAGCUUGUUAUUCAAUGUGUGAUGGACUUCUAUACCUGUACACCUUGCAACCCUACGGAGGAAAAAGCUGUCAAAUGGGCCCAGUCCCAGAUUCUUCACUGUACAUCAUAUUCCAAAGGGAAGAAGAAUCCAUGCGUUGGGGUAGCGGAAUCAGUCGGUUGCUCAGCGAGUCAUUUUAACCUCACAUCAACUCUUCAGUUGUUGGAAUCAAUGGUUGAAGAUUUGUACAAAGUGCCUGUGACACGGUGGGAUUCCAGGGCCAACUGUCUGGUACCCAGUAAACAGCUCUCCAGCACCACAUUGAGUCAUCUCUCCGAACUCUGCUUGCCAUUGGUUACCAGUACUUCAAGUGCAGUAGUGCCAUUGGUUGAAUGCUUGCUGAGUUGCCAUGGAAACACUGCGGAAGAUGCCCUGAGUCCAGCAUUUCUUAAAGCCAUAACAGAGUCACAGCAGAACGCAUACACUGCGAAAAAAAAUACCUUGACGAUGACUUACAAAGGCAGAGUAUCGCUGUGGACCAGGUACCUACCAGCUCUCGAGAGUGAGUUUCUAAACCUUGUGCAAGCGCUCAUGGAUGAGUAUCCCUCGACAGAACAUGACUCACAGCAGUUAAUAUCCAGUAGGAAACUGCCUCUUGCCUGCGUCGAGAACCCGUCUAUUAACACAGCCCUACAAGGCCUGAUGGAACUGCUUCUCCAGAACACAGAGGGCAGCUCCUUUGUACUGAACCUCAUGGAAGUCUUCUCUAAGUGUGUGCAAGAAACCCGUAAAGCUGCGAAGACAGCUGAAUUUCAUUGCAGAGUAACUGGAAUGGAUGGGUUUCGCAACCAGCUACAAGUGAACCCACUUGACUUGCCAAGCAGUCUGCUGACUCUUUACAUUAACAACAUCAGUAACCGCCUCAUGCAGAUGGCACUAGAUGACGACCACGCUGGGCGAAUCCAUGUGUGGCUGCUAUUAGUCAGAUCCCCAGGGUGGCACCAUGCAGCUGUUAGGAUGCUACUGCAUGGCAGUGCAGAGUCCAGACCAGCAUGCCUCAAUAUUAUUGCCUGGUACAACAUGCCACUGGUUCCCAAUAGGCACCAACAGUACAAGGCACGGCUCAGUGACCUUGUGACCUCACUGCGAGGUCUUUGCAGCAAGACCAGUGUACAAUCUUGUGACCUUCACUGUGCAUUCAACCCUCUUCAUGCGGCGGAGGUUAAAGGUCAUGGCCAUAUGCAUAAUGUGAUCCAUCCGCUGAUGAUGCUGUUUGUUGUUAACGGAAGGGGAACUCUUCAGUUGCUGGCUGACAUUGUCAAAUUGGAUACUGUUGACAAAGAACCAAGUGCUGCAACCAGCUUCAUGUUUCUCCUUGAUAGUGUUGAAUUCAGCACCAUGUGGGAUGCUACAUCACAACAGGGGUUUGGUAACCGUGGAACACACGUCAACGACGCACUGAGGGAAUGUAAAGGCGCUUACCUGGCAGAGUACCAAGAGCGACGACUUUCAGGGGAAGCUUUAACUCUGACCGAGAAACAACACUCUGAUUUGCUGGGACGAUAUGAUAGAAUAGUCAGGCGGGUCAUGUGACACUAUUCAUGUGACACUCUCAAUCGAACAUAGGCCAUGUCAGCUCCAUUUUCGCCAAAGCUCUUGUUGAUAAAGAAUAAUUCAUACGAUGUACAUGUAGGCAUGGGUGCAUUUUGGCGGUUGUAACCAAUAACCGUUUCAGUCAAUAGCCAGUGAUAAGCAAUAACCAAUGGCAAGUUUAACCGAAACGGUUAAGACUGCGAAAAUGCACCCCAUGUUUGGCACUGUGCCAGCGCUUAUGAGGUUCCAAUAGACCUUAUCGCAAAUACCAAUGCGCAAGCGCAGACUGUUGAAUGAGUUGCAUUGUGGGAUAUAUAUGGAU